AUGCAACCUGGGGACAUCGUCCCUUCAGAAUUUGCAGGCACUAAGUCUGGGUGUCGUGCAAGUAUCCCAGAGAACAUCCCCCUAGACCAAGCAGUGAGGUUUGAUAUUGAGCUUAUCUCUCUCGUCACCGUAACUAACAUUCUCGACGAUAAUGAAGAUGAAGUCAUUUUGAAGAAGACCAUCAAGCAUGGCAUGGGAAAUGUUAAACCUUGUGGUUUGGAUGAUGUUAUUGUGGACUAUAAUGUCUGCCUUGAGAAUGGGAUGUCAGUGUCCAUGUCUGAUAGUGUUGAGUUCAACCUUCAGAAAGGCUUCUUCUGCCCUGCAUUUCCACUUGCUGUGAAGACAAUGACAGAAGGAGAAGAAGCUGUUUCAAUUGUAAAACCAGAAUAUGGUUUUGGCGAACAGGGCAGGCCCUCUAAGGGGAAUGAAGCUGCUGUGCCACCUGAUGCAACUCUCUAUGUGUACAUCCAACUCAAGUCCUAUAAAACAAUGAUUCAUAUUGGAGAGGGCCAGACAAUCUUCAAGAAAACACUUCGUAAAGGAGAGUGCGUAGAGAAUCAAGGAGUAGUCAGAGUUCGGAUGAUUGGUAAACUCCAAGAUGGGGUUGCUUUUGAUCAGCGGGGUCACAAAACAGAUGAGCCAUUCGAGUUCGAGCUUGAUGAAGGAUUGCAACAGAGUAAAAGAACUACCAGAGGGGGUGAAUGGUAG